AAACCACAACCAUUGAAUCAAACUUGGCUGAGUCAGUAGGGAAAGAAAACAUAAUUAUAAAUGUCAGACAUUUGUUGUUGUCUCUAUUGCUAGAGUUUUUAGAUAUACAAAUACAUAUAUUUUAAGCACAAUAAAUAUAUUAGGUUAUAAAUUUAAUUUUAAAUUUUAAUUUUAAUAUUCAACAUUAGUAAUGCACAAACAGACACUUUAACUAUCCAACUUUUAAAUAAAUAAACGUAUGAGUCUUACAUGGCACAAAAUACACGUUGGAUACCAAAUAGGAUAAAAAUGACAUGUAGGACAUGUGUGUCUAUUUGUUCAACUUUAUAAAAGUUUAAGUAUCGAUUGAUUUGUGCACAUCAAAAGGUGAAGGACAUAAAUAUAAUUUGAAGUCAAGUUAAAUGGUACAUUUAUGUAUUAUGCCUAUAUUUAUACAUCUUCUAUAAAAAUAUAUAAUAUCACUAUGUUUUGUAUUUUUUUUAAAAUAACACUAUAAAAAGUAGAGUGAUAAGGGAGCCCAAACCAUUGCAUUGCAUCACAUAUUUAGUAAUUGGUCUGUAUUCCUUUCCUAUUGUCACGUGCAACAAUACCUAUAUAGAGCUAAGUCCAUUAUUUAUAUUAUUUAUAUAAUAGAGGACAUCAGUUGAAGGAUUUAGUAGCUCCAUCAAUUUGUUUUAAUUUAUCCAAAUAUUUGUGCAAGAAAUUUAAAUUUAUGGGAGAAGAGAAGGAGGUGAUGUCUCAUGUUAUUUCCAAUCCCUCUUUUGAAGUUGAAACUCUUCAUCAGAUUGGCCAAGAUUCAUGGUUUCAGGUGGGACUUGUUCUCACGACUACUGUGAAUUGUGCUUAUGCACUAGGAUAUGCUGGCACAAUCAUGGUUCCUCUGGGUUGGAUUGGUGGUGUUACUGGUAUGGUUUUAUCUACAAUCAUAUCAUUAUAUGCCAGUACUCUUAUGGCAAAGAUCCAUCAAUAUGGAGAAAAAAGGCAUAUCAGAUAUAGAGAUCUUGCAGGAUUUAUGUAUGGAUACAGAGCUUAUGCCAUUGUUUGGGGAUUACAGUAUGCAAAUCUUUUCUUGAUAAAUAUUGGAUUCAUCAUUUUGGGUGGACAAGCCUUAAAGGCUUUCUAUCUUCUCUUUAGGGAGGAUCAUGAAAUGAAGCUUCCAUACUUCAUCAUAAUCGCUGGAUUAGCAUGCGUGUUUUUCGCUGUUUCUGUGCCCCAUUUGUCAGCUCUAGGUGUUUGGAUGGCAGUUUCCACAUUCCUCAGUAUAGUGUAUUUCUCAAUAGCCUUUGCUUUGUGUCUUAAAGAUGGUAUUAAUGCUCCUCCUAGGGAUUAUAGCAUUCCAGGAUCCUCCUCUAGUAGAACUUUUACAACUAUUGGUGCGGCUGCAAGUCUUGUUUUUGUAUACAACACAGGAAUGAUCCCAGAGAUCCAGGCUACUGUUAGAGCACCGGUUGUUGACAACAUGUUGAAAGCCCUAUAUUUUCAGUUUACUAUAGGAGCUGUGCCAGUGCAUGCUGUUACUUACAUGGGGUAUUGGGCGUAUGGAUCCAAAUCAUCAUCUUAUUUGCUCUACAAUGUCAGCGGCCCUGUUUGGCUGAGGGGAUUAGCCAACAUUGCUGCUUUCUUCCAAUCCAUCAUUACGUUGCACAUAUUUGCAAGUCCAACAUACGAGUAUUUGGAUACUAAAUAUAGAAUAAGUGGAAGUGUACUGGCUUUUCGGAACCUGUCAUUCAGAACAGUAGUUAGAGGUGGUUAUCUAGCGAUCACCAUUUUUCUCUCUGCUCUGUUACCUUUUCUUGGAGAUUUCAUGAGCUUCACCGGCGCUAUCAGUACAAUUCCACUCACAUUUAUUCUUCCGAAUCACAUGUACAUUGUUGCUAUGAGGAAGCAAAUUUCGUCUUUACAAAAAAGCUGGCACUGGUUCAACAUUGUCUUUUUUAGUUGCCUAGCUGUUGCUGCAUUAGUAGCUGCUGUAAGACUUAUUGCCAUGGACUCAAAAACUUACCAUGCAUUCGCAGAUUUAUAA